CCUCCCCUUCUCUUCCAAACAAUACUUUGUGCAUUAGAGAAUGCCUAGAAUUCUUGGAAAAUUGUGAGAUAUUAUUUUUUUUAAUAUUCAUGAGGUUAUAAACUACAGAGGUUUAGCGGUGGAUGUUAAUAAACAAGAGGAGCAUUUCUGAUUUAUGUCACCUUACCAAUAGCAAACAAACUGGAAUGUGAAUGAUCGAUUGAAAAUAGCUCCGAUUACGAAACUUCUGGACUAAGACUUUCAGUGAGAAAAUAAAUACCACCUCUAAUUAUCGAAUAAAAUAAUAUUUAGCUGAGAAAAGGAUUUCAAUAACACUUGAUUAACUUUGCUGUUGUCUUGUGCCUGUCAGCCCAUUUGAGAGAGAAAUAAUUGACGUCAACAAAGAAGAACAAAGGCAGUUGGACAAAAAUCAAUAACCAACAAAAUGGUCUCGGCUUCAUACCAUCGAACGGAAACGGUAUUCGAUUAUACUUGGAAACAGGUGGUACAGGCCUAUUGGAAUCGUUAUCCAAAUCCUUCAAGUGUACAUGUUUUAACAGAGGAUACCAUUUCACGUGAAAUACGCGAUGGAAAAUUGUAUUCACGGCGCAUAUUGUCCAAAACAAAUCACGUGCCAAAAUGGGGAGAAAGAUUUUAUAAAAAUACCCCCGUUAAAAUCAUUGAAGAUUCCGUCCUUGACCCCAUCAAUAAGACAUUGAUUACAUUCACACGUAAUAUUGGUUUCCAAAAGAUUAUGAAAGUCGAUGAAAUCGUUGAAUAUUCGGAAAAAGAUGGCCGCACAUUAGCAGUACGUCGCGCUUACAUUAGCUCACAAGUCUUUGGAUUUUCUCGAGCCAUUCGUGCUUUUGGCAUUGAACGUUUCAAAUCGAAUUGCCAAAAAACCGCCAAUGGCUUCAACUAUGUACUCAAGAAAAUGUUUCCCAACCAUCAACACCAUUCUCACCACAUACCAGCAUUAACGGCCUCACAGGCAGCGAAUACGGCAAAAAGUGCCGUUGAACACCAUCAUCACAACGUAGUAGCUACGACACAGCAACACAGCAAAACAGAAGCUUUCAGAAAAGGAUGUGUAUAUAGCUAUGCGUUUAUCAAAGGACAAGCAAGUAAAAUUGCUCAAAUGUUUUCAGUUAAAAAUUGAAAACACCUUUGAACAACAUCUUUUUAGCUAUAGAGAGGGCCUAAAGCUUGUCGAUGAAGAUGAAGUAGAGGCAAAUGGCAAUUUGUUGAUCGUUUAUUCCGACAAUGUAGGCUGUUUUGCUUCCAUCAAUUGUUUUCAAGUGAUCGUAAUAGUUGAAUCAGUAGCGGUAUUUUUUGGUGCCUGACUUUUAUGUUGUAGUAGUAGAGACAUUUACACAAUAAGGUUUAAUGGACUAUUUGCAAAAUGAUGUGAGCGAUGGAAAGCAUUUUUUAAAGUAGCUUAUAAAUCUUUCACUGUGAAUGAUGACUCCUCUGAAUUUAAUCAAUUUAAUCAAAUAUGAACACAAAAUUCUAGGGAGCGGUAAUUAAUGCUUAGAAUGCUCCAUCUAUACAUUCUUUCCAUUCAGUUUCCCAAAGGCAACGAAGCAAAACGAGACUAAGACAAGAAAGCAAAAUACGUAUAUAUACAAAGGUUAAGAGCUACGUUUUCCUAGGCAAAACCAUAAUGAUUCCAUAGAAUAGAGUAUGCAAUACACUUAAAGAGUGGAUACCAACCAUCGAUGUUAAUUGAAAAGUUGAUAUCCAGCGAAGUCAUUUGUGUACUACGCCGUUACUUGCUGCGGUGCUUAUCAUUAAUUUUUCUUAUUGCUAUGAUAACGCAUUUCAUUCCAAACAAAUAGAUUUCUUAUAUAUAAAUACGGCAACUUCUACCUACUCCUCUUCCUUUGACGGCAGUUUAUUAAAUUACGACACCCUUCUCCCUCCCUUUAGAAUUCUUGUAAAAAAAUCCCGGCUUUUUCAUAGUAGUCCCAAAAAAAAAAUAUAAUCAUGUCAAUAGUAUGUAAUCAAAAUUUUCCAUUAUGGGUUUUAAAUUUUAUUUUUUAAAUUAAUUAUGUAACCUAAUUAUCCGUUAAUCUGUAAUAGCAUAAGUAAUAAAAUAUAAAGAAAUACCAAGUA